AUGCAGGGGACAACAGCUGUUGUUGUUCGAGUCCUCGAAGGUCGAAAUAUGCCGAAGAACAAGACAAAGCCGUUUGACUUGUACGUACGCUUUAAGAACACUGCAAACACGCAAUCAUUCCAAACCUCAACACAAGAGAAAACAACGUCCCCCAAGUGGACGGACCAAUUUGACUUGUCCCUUCCUACAAAUCUCAUCAACAAAAAAACUUUAUUACUUUUCCACGUCUGGGCAAAUGGAUUUUUUAAAGAGUCUAUUGGGACAUUAAAGGUGGAGAUGACUGACGAGAAGUAUAAGGAUAAAUGGUAUCCUAUUGAGUUAGACAAGAAGUUCCCAAAGUCGACGCAAAAGCCGGACCUCCGAGUGACUGUUGAAAUUGUCUCUCCGCAACAAGCACAGACCGAGUCGGAGUCACAAGACGAGGAAGUUGAAGUGAAAGAGAAAGUGCCGGAGGUCAAGGAGAAUGACGUUUUAGUACAACCCGAAUACAACUCCUUCGACGAUUUCAAACAGAAGUAUUUGAUCACAAACAACGAGUUGGGGGAGGGCGCCUUUUCGGUGGUAUUUCCAGGACAAGUCAUCGCGACAAAGGAGCGCGUUGCUAUCAAAAGAAUAAUAAAAGAGGGAUUGCCUGAGGAUCAACUUGAAGCCGUCCAUCGGGAAAUAUCGCUGAUGCGUCGAUUACGACAUAAAAAUAUCGUUCGACUACUAGACGUCUACGAGAACAAUGAGAUGUUGUAUCUUGUAUUGGAAUAUAUAGAAGGAGGUGAACUCUAUGAACGGUUGGCUCAAAGUGCAUUAAAAGAGCGCCAAGCAGCGUGUUUAGUGGCACAAUUAGUAUCUGCGUUGGUGUAUCUCCACAAGAAUAACAUUGCGCAUCGAGACUUGAAGCCAGAAAAUAUUUUGUGUGUGUAUAAAGAUGGGUUGUAUGUCAAAAUCGCCGAUUUUGGAUUGUCGAAGGACUUUUCUUCAGCAAUGCUCCAAACGUGCUGCGGGACAGCUUCGUAUGUUGCUCCUGAAGUGAUUAACGGAGAACCUUAUACAUGUCAAUGUGACAUUUGGUCACUUGGGGUUAUCGCGUAUUUAGCGAUAUCAGGGAAUUUGCCAUUCUAUGACGACGAUGAAGACGUCAUAUUUGAUAAGAUAUUGGAAGGGACGUACGAGUUUACGGGAGAGACGUGGGAUAAUGUGAGUGCAAAGGCGAAAGAUUUCAUCGAAAAGUGUUUGACACAAAACCCUCUUGAUAGACCAACAUCAUUUGAAUUGGUAAAACAUCCAUGGCUUUCUACCGCACAAGUUAGGUUGGAUGUGGAUGAGGAAAUGGAUGAAAACAAGAACAGAUUUACAUUUGAUAAUGCAUGUGGAUAUAUUGUCAAGUGUGGCAACACCCUCGGAUAA